AUGCCCAAUCCCACAGGGGAUUACCUUUUCAUAUGUCUUUACAGUCCAGCAGUCUGGAACUUACUGGGACCCAUCGUUAUCCACGAUCCUGAUGACCCAAAUAAUGAUCUAUUCGAUUAUGAAUAUGUGAUGACAGUGUCCGAUUGGUAUCACAUUCCUACCGGAGAUCCCAGCAUGCUUCCCACACUUUUUAGCGCAAACUAUCAAGGGAUUGAUCCAAUACCCGAUUCCGCAGAAAUUAGUGGCGUGGGACAGUAUAAUUGCUCAAUUCCGACGUGUGUUCCUUCUAAAUUCGCUACCUACAGUGUUACGAAAGGAAAGAGAUAUAGAUUUAGAAUAAUUAAUAUUAGUGCAAUGUCUCAUUUUUGGAUUUCUAUUGACGAACAUCCGCUCACGGUCAUUGAAGUCGACGGAACGCCAAUUCAUCCGGUCAAAGUCGAAAUGCUUCCGAUAAAUUCCGCCCAGAGAUACUCGGUAGUUGUGACAGCAAAUAAUGCGGUUGGAAAUUAUUGGAUCAGAGCCCAACUUUCAGGAUGUAGCCUUCCUGACAACAAUUUCACAAUCAAUUUUAAUUCACCUAUAUUUGAGAAUGGGAAUAUCACUGGUAUCCUUCGUUAUGAAGGUGCUCCUCCUACUAAUCCCACUUCCGUGGGAUACUCUACAAGUGUUAUCAAUUGCUACGAUUUGGACUCUAGUCUCAUGAAACCUUAUCCGCAAAAUCCACCGGUGCCACCAAAAGAUGCUAAUGUUACGAGAUUAAAUUUCAACGUCGCCAUCAAACAGAAUCCAGAACACAUCCUUGAAGCUACAAUGAAUAAUUCAUCCUUUGUAUCGGAUCUGUCUUAUCCUACCAAUCAAAGAGUAAUUGAUGGUGUCGGUUUUAUUUCUUCUGAUAAUGCUUAUCCUUAUUAUGUCUUGAACGGUGCCGUGGAAAUUGUUAUUAAUAAUACCGAACCUCGAACACAUCCUUUCCAUAUGCAUGGUCACGAGUUCUGGGUCAUUGCUCAGGGCGAUAAUAACAGUUACAAUAAACCCCUUGAUACCUUGACGUACAACUACGACAAUCCUCCCCUUCGUGAUACGGCAACCGUCAAAGAGCGAGGGUAA